GCAGAUGGGGCCUUACGGUUUUUCGUAUUCCCCACUUGGAAAAAAAAUACGGACCGCAGACAGAGGACUUAACAAAGAGGCGUCGGGCUCCGUGGGUCGCUGCUGUAAGAAGGAAAGACAUCACGUUUCAUAAAAUAUCUCCUCAUGCUCGUGUUUGCUCUCGGCAUUUUCACAAAGGUCAACCCGCAUAUGAGAUGAUGGAGACUGACCCAGACUUGGCUCCAUCCCUGCAUUUGGGCCACACUGACAUCAGACCAUCAGACACAGACCGCUCUUUAAGACGUGGUUAUCGGGAACAGCUGAAAAAGAAUGCCCUGCAAGCAACUGAAACGGGGCUCCAUCAGGCUGAUGAAAUCCUUCAGCGACAGGAUGAAGUUACACAUGAGGCGACAGAGAACCCUAACCAGCAACAGACUGACACGCAGAAGGCUGCUGAAAACGUUGGCCGGCCAAACACCAAGGAUGACACAGAAGGUGGUCGUCAGGAAGGACAGACAGAAUGUAACCUGUGUGUGCUCAGGUGUGCAGAGAUGAACCGUCUUUUGGAAGAAAACAGAGAGCUGCGGCGUGAACUUGAUGAGCUGCGGAUCUCUGAUUGCUUCUUUGGAGACACUAAUGAAAAAGUCCAGUACUAUACGGGCAGGCAUCAGCAGAGAUACACCAUCAGACAGGAGGGGAAGAUGGAGCAACAGGACGCAGCUCUGGAUGAAGACAUGUCUAAGUUUACUCUCCAGCCUUCUGGGUGGAUAACAGACUUCCUGUCUGACAGGAAGCAGCAGGUGAAGCUGGGAAAUGAUGUCUCCUCCUCCCAGCUCCUCAGGGCUGUUCUUUCUCCUCUGCUUGUCUCCCUGAACACCCGCAGCUGCACCUCUAGUCAUCAGUCGUUGAAGCGUCUGAAGUUCAUGGACGCCGCCGCUCUCAUGGGACAUAUCUCUGAUGGAGACGCCUACAGGUGGACGUUGACCAUCUGGUGA